AUGGACCCAAACCUCGAGCUUUAUAGGAGUAUAUUACAUCUUGGGCCCAAGGAUCGCCGCCAACGUAUGCAGCAUCUUUCGAAAGAGGACUUGAUCCGAGUCAAGACUUUAGUUGAAAGAGAACAAUGGAUUCAACGGCUCAAGGAAAUAGUCGUUGGCCGGGAUCUUGUUGAACUAGCUCUUACCGAUCCUAAAGAGAUUCAGGAGAACCCGCCUCUCCAAAAUGCGCUGCUUGGACGGGCUUGCUAUCCUGAGGAUGAGAACAGCAUGGUGAAGCGAAUUUCAAAAGGUCUGAGGAUGAAUGGCGAGUCUUUGAUCAACAGUGUCGCAAGCUUCGAUGAAGGUUACUAUCCUCCUAUAACUAAGGAUGCUUGGAUCUUGGUCUAUUGCGACUUGUUCUAUAUUGAUGGAAAUAAUACAACGUUGCUUGAAGUUUACACGUCACGGCUUCAAGAGGAAGAGCUGCAGACCCGGAGUGAACAAGCCAGGGAAGUCGCUCGACGGGAUAUUAUGAAGCUGGCUCGCAGGAAUGCCAAGUGGAUGAUUCCUGCCCUUGGGCGACUUUCUGAUGAGGAAUUGUCUCAUAUUGAGGACAGCUUCAGCGACACUUUGCACGAGCUCUGGAAGCAGGUAUCCCACCCGCCACCAAUCUGGAUUCAGCAUAUCCUGGAUGCCCAACAACCAUGGGGUUUCACCUAUUACAAAUCAAAAGAAGUCGAAGAGAAGUAUGGCCAUACAUGGGAGGACACGUGGAUCAUGAUCACGGAUAUGCCUCAGCAAUCUUGGUCGAGCAUCCAUUGCCAAGGGAAGGUAGAUGAACUUAAAGCGUUGCAGACGGAAGACUGGGCUGUUCCGCCAACUUACAAAGGCUUGACCGAAGAAGAUGCCUUUCGCAAACAUUUCUGUGAGCACAGGAAAUCUCUUUCGUCUCCUGGGAUCUUACAGAACACAUUUAUCGUUGUUCCGGUUGAGCAAAUACCCAAUGAUCCCGACGAUGAAGAUCUGGAUCCAUGUUGGGUCUGGGCAUAUGAUGCGGAUUGGGAUAGCGCUUCGGACGAAGCCAUAUGCAACGGUGAGAAAUACCAAGGCCGCAUCAAAGUACCUCUCUAUGCACUUGGAGGUUGGUUUUAUGCCGCCCGUUGGGAGGACGGGGGCGUAAGUCUUCGAGAUAUGUGGCUCAAGGCGCAGACGGAUGAGGACAAUUUAUGGAUCUGCUAUUCAAAGGUCCUGGAGAAUUGGGAUCAUGAGCCGUAUGUUUGA